AUGAGUUGGUGGUGGGCUGGCGCCAUCGGAGCUGCCAAGAAGAAAUUCGACGAAGAUGAGCCGACGCAAAGCUACGAGAGCGUCGCCCUCAUCAUCGGCGUUACCGGAAUCGUCGGAAACAGCCUCGCGGAGAUUCUCCCUCUCUCCGAUACACCCGGCGGCCCAUGGAAAGUCUACGGCGUCGCUCGCCGUCCUCGCCCAAGCUGGAACGCCGAUCAUCCCAUCGAUUACAUCCAGUGCGACGUCUCCGACGCCGAAGACUCCCGAUCCAAGCUUUCCCCUCUAACCGACGUCACCCACGUCUUCUACGUCACCUGGACCAACGGCUCCUCCGAGCGAGACAUCUGCGAGGCCAACGGCUCCAUGCUCCGCAACGUCCUCCGCGCGAUUGUCCCAAACGCGCCGAAUCUCCGUCACGUUUGCCUCCAGACGGGGACGAAACACUACAUCGGCCCUUUCGACAGCCUCGAGAAAACCGAUCGUCCCGAUCCGCCGUUCACGGAGGACAUGCCGAGGCUGAAGAUCCAGAAUUUCUACUAUACUCUUGAGGAUAUUCUGUUUGAAGAGAUCAAGAAGGUAGAGAAUGUGACUUGGUCCGUGCAUAGGCCAAACACGAUCUUCGGAUUCUCUCCUUAUAGCUUGAUGAACAUCGUGGGGACUCUCUGCGUCUACGCGGCGAUCUGUAAGCACGAAGGGUCUCCGUUGGUUUUCCCGGGGAGCAAGAAGGCCUGGGAAGGUUUCACGGCAGCCUCUGACGCGGACUUGGUCGCUGAGCAGCAGAUUUGGGCCGCGGUUGAUCCGUACGCCAAGAACGAGGCGUUUAACUGCAACAACGCCGAUAUCUUCAAGUGGAAACAUCUGUGGAGGAUUCUCGCUGAGCAGUUUGGGAUCGAGGAGUACGGGUUCGUGGAAGGGAAGAACCUGGGGCUUGUGGAGAUGAUGAAAGGGAAAGAGAGAGUGUGGGAGGAGAUGGUGAAGGAGAAUCAGCUGCAGGAGAAGAAGCUUGAGGAAGUUGGUGUGUGGUGGUUCGCUGAUGUUGUGCUUGGUGUUGAAGGAAUGAUUGACAGUAUGAACAAGAGCAAAGAGCAUGGCUUCCUUGGCUUCAGGAACUCGAACAACUCUUUUAUCUCUUGGAUUGACAAGUACAAGGCGUUCAAGAUCGUGCCUUGA